UUUGUUUUGUUUUGUUUGUUUUUCUGUUUCCUCUGUUUUUAAGACUUCUUCACAUUCUUUUCUUUGUCUCGAGGAAGGGAUAGUGCUUCUCGAAAAUUUGACAGUUUAUAUUUUCAAAUUCGUAGCAAAUGGUUUAGGAGCUACAAUAGGAGCUAUUUUUGGAAGCUUCUUUCUAGGGGUAGUAUUAAGUGCCCUCAUUGCAUACUUAAUAUCCAAAAGAUAUAUCUCCAACAUGCAAAAACGUGACGAGAUAAGUAUAAAAUUUGACAGACGAAGUACCCACAUUGCACCAAUAUCUGAAAACAACCAGAGUCAAUCAGCAAAUAUUACGGAACAGAAUUAUCAGCGAAAAGUCGUUAAUGUUCCACCCUACUCUCCGUCAAUGGAAUCUCCAACGUACAGUAACGUUAAAGAGGCUAAAACGGCACAGAUGGAAAAAGAUGAUGUCUACAACCAUCUCCACGAAAAAGAGGACGAGGAAACGGAGAACGUAUACAACCAUGCUUCUUGUUCCUCUGGUCAGACUACGGAGGACGAUUACAGCCAUUUAAACGCAGGACGAAGUAAUGAAGGAGUUGUCUUACCUGAGGACGAUGUGUAUGCUCAGACGGAAGAGGCGAAUAAUGACAACUACUUCAUUCUUGAAAGUCAAAGUGAAAUCUGAAGCAAAGAUAUGUAUUUUUCUAAUUUUCUUUGAGAAUUAAAAUGUUUCUUUUGACUUUGUAAUGAUUUAAAGCAGAUUUCAUGGAUGUUUUGUACUACCUUAAAGAAAUGUUUAUUACACUUAAACAUUUCUCAAGAAAAUAUAAGAUCAUAUUAUGAAGACUAUUUCUAUAAAUUUAAAUAUAAAUUUCAUUUUGUUCAAUUUAUUUUUAAGAGAAAUAUAUAGUUUUAGUGACUUAAUAUUUGUAUUGCUUUAAGACCUAUUUUUUAAUUUAUUAAUUUUAUUGAAUAGUGUUAUUAUUUUCAGUAGUUUUCCUUAAAUAUUUAUACUUUAUUCAAAUUUCUGUUCAUAUUGUACAUCAAUUUUGUCAGUUGUAUCUGUUUGUAUAUAAAAGCCGUUUCAAUUUAUUCGAAAUAAGCUAUUUAAAGACAUGUUUAGGUUUUUGAAUCACUGCUUUCCAUCUUUUCCGUUAUAACAAUAAAAAAAACACUCAAAUCAGAGGUACUUAAACGAAAAUAGAAACGAAAAUUUUGACAAUUGAAGUUUUGCAAAAGGAACACAAAGUAAAAAAAAAUUACUAAAUUUCUGAAAGUAUACACAUGUAUGUUGAUACAAAAAUUAAAAAAAAAAACCCUUGCAUCUAUUAUCUUUAACACGUCAAUGUCUUCAAAAUUUGUAUACAUCCGGCUUUUAAAGUGGGAGGGUACAUAGUGAUCGGGGUGUCUGUCCGUCCUUCUCUCUGUCUCUAUGUUCAUCUGUUUGUUACGCUCUUAUCCGCAACUCCUGUACCACUGAAUGAAAAUUACUGAAACUUUCAAAAUAUGUUCGUUACAAAGUGCAACUGUGCACCUCCUUUUUGGAUGGGACACAUAUUUUGGGUUUCAAAAAGCGAAACAUUGACCUGCCAUUUUUUCUAUAAUAAUGAAGGGUACCAAUCUCUUAUCUGGAAGUCCUGAAUAACUCUGGAAUAUCUCUGAAUAAAAUUCAAUGGUACUUUCGCAAUUUUUUUGUCACAUAAUGCCAAUUUGUACCUCUUUUUACAGUUUGAUAUGAACCUUAUUUCAGAUUUUUCAGAGCAAAACAUAGACUUUGCCAUUAUAAAGGUAUGGGAGGCAGGGUAUCAUUUAGUGAGCUCAGUGCUUACAGUAGCUCAAUUUUUAUUUUGAUACUAAUUGUCAAUAAUAUUCAUUAGCACAAUUUGAAUUUAAAAAUAAGUCAUAAUUACAUGCAUGUAAGUAAAUGUAUUUUGUUAGUUUAUAUUUUUUUAUUAAAGACCAUUGACAUUAAAA